GAAAAUCUCAUAAGUGUUCAAUGUCGAAGGAGUUACUUUAACUCUUGUAAAUGCAUUGAGAAUCACGCGAUACGUUAUUAUCUUUGCACAAACGAUAUUCACUGGAAGAAUAAAAUUUUGAUAAGUUUAAUACAUAGAUGAAAUCUGACUCCAGCUGUAGUGUCCAAAAAUAUGGCGCCCGUGUGAAGGACGCUGAACGAGACGUUUGUGACAUUGUAUGGAACUAUUUUAAUUGAUUGGAACGACCAGGUUAUCCGAAAAAAUGAGUAAUUUGUCGCCCUUUGGCGGUGGAAAGAAUCCACCGUGGGUACGAAACGCAGGGCAAGGCAUACAAAAUAUCCAACAACAAAUGUUGGGUCAAGCAAUGGGAGGCAUUGGUGGUCAACCCAUGGUACAAUAUCAGCAACAGACACAACAGGUUUAUCAACAAAGUUUAGGCUUGCAGCAGCCAAAUAUCACAAUGGCAUCCAUGGCUACCCUUGGCUCCAAUCUACCAUCAGGUAUAGCAGGACAAUUAUAUCCACAAGUGGCUACUGUGUCUUAUCCAACACCAAGAGCUUUAAAUACCAAUGCUUUUCAACAAUCUGUAGCCAAUGUAGCUCAACAGGUACAGCAAAAUGUACCAGCAUCAUCCACAAAACAAAGAGUUUUCACAGGAACUGUAACGAAGGUUCAUGAUAAUUUUGGUUUUGUGGAUGAAGAUGUUUUCUUUCAAACAAGUGCUUGUGUGAAAGGAUCAAAUCCUGUAGUUGGUGAUCGUGUUCUUGUCGAAGCAUCUUUCAAUCCAUCAAUGCCAUUUAAGUGGAAUGCCACUAGGAUACAAGUACUUCCUAUGGGAAAUAAUACAAAUAAUACUACUACACAACAAACCAAUCAAACAAAUCGUCCUCAACCUUCGAGGCCCUCAGGAACUUACAAUGCAGUACCUCCCCCAGCAGAAAAUACUAAUAAUAGCCGAUUUGCAAACACAAAUACUGGUAAUAAUAAUAAUCGUAAUAAACCGGGAAGAGUUCGCGAAAGAUCUCCACGAGAUCGCAGAAAUGAGGACGAAGAAGGUGAAAGAAAACGUCGGCGCGAAGAACGAAUAAGAGAACGUGAAAAGAAAGAGGAGCGCAGUCCAUCAAGAACUAGAAGGAGUAAAUCACCAAGACCACGACGUCGUACAAGAGUGGUUCCUCGUUACAUGGUACAAAUACCAAAAAUUGCACUGGACUUGCCUGAGGCUGAUGUUUUAGAAAUCCGAAGACGCUAUCAAAACAUGUACAUUCCUAGUGAUUUCUUUUCCACAAACUUCAGAUGGGUUGAUGCAUUCCCACCGCAUAUGCCAUUCACACUGAACAAACCAUGUUCCUUCCACGUUAUGCAUAAAGACGUGGAUCCAUAUGUGGAAAAUACAUCAGUUCUAGAACCGCCUGAUGCAGAUUAUUUAUUUUCCGCAAAGGUAAUGCUUAUAUCAAUGCCAGCCAUGGAGGAAAUUUAUAAACGUUGUUGUGGUGUUACUGAAGAUAGGGAUCCUGAUCGUGAUUAUGUUCAUCCAACACGAUUAGUAAAUUUCCUAGUUGGUUUACGGGGGAAAAAUGAAACAAUGGCAAUCGGAGGCCCAUGGAGUCCUUCCCUUGACGGACCUAAUCCUGAAAAGGAUCCUUCUGUUCUUAUCAAGACUGCUGUCAGGACCUGCAAGGCUCUUACUGGAAUAGAUUUAUCCAGUUGCACUCAAUGGUACCGCUUCUUGGAGCUCUACUACAGACGCGCAGAGACGACCCACAAGUCAGGGCGAGUGGUACCUUCCCGCGUUGAAACCGUCAUACUAUUUCUCCCAGAUGUUUGGAGCUGUGUGCCGACCAGGCUGGAAUGGGACGGGCUUCAUCUCAACUAUAAGAAACAACUGGAACGAAAGUUGCUGCGUGCUGCCUCUAACCCCGACGAUUCGGAUGCUGCCAAUGACACUGAUGAGGCUGCCGUCGCUGAUCAAAAGGAUGAGGCAGUACCAGAGAAAAAGGAUCCCACUCACUAUUCAGAGCUAGAUCCGAAAUCGAUGAGUGUCAAUGAUUUACGACAGGAAUUGGCGGCACGGAAUCUUAGUUCCAAAGGUCUUAAAUCGCAAUUACUCGCAAGACUGACCAAAGCCACGAAAUCUGAACAAGCCAAAGAGGAAGGAAGACAGGAUGAAGUGGAAGAGAAUGAGAAAGAAAUGUCUCCAGCUCCAAAGGAAGAAUCAUCAAAGGAUGAUAAAAAGUCAAAAGACAGUAAAGAUCACGAUGAGGAUAAGAAAAAAGUGCAUGAGCGUGAACGGACCCAGCUUGAAAAACGAUACAGCCUCCCAGAUGCUUCGCAUAUUAUUGUUCAUCCUUCGCGAACGGCUAAGAGUGGAAAAUUUGAUUGCACUGUUAUGUCUCUCAGUGUAUUGUUGGAUUACAGGCCAGAGGAUACGAAGGAACAUUCUUUUGAAGUGUCCCUAUUUGCCGAACUCUUCAAUGAAAUGUUAAUGCGUGACUUUGGUUUUCGUAUAUAUCGCUCGUUGUGUAGCCUUCCUGAGAAGCCCAAAGAAAAAGACGACGACAAGAAAAAAGAUAAGAAAGAUGACAAAAGGGAUGAUAAAAAAGAUGAUAAAAGGAAGGAGGAUGAUAAAAAGUUGUGUAAGAAGGAUGAUCGCAGGGAUGAGAAAAAACGAGAAGGUAGUAAAGACAAGAAGGACGAGAAGGAUCUGAAAACUAAAAUCGACGAUAAAGAUCGUGAUAAGGAAAAGAUGGACGACGAAGAAGAUGAUGACGAUGAUGAGUCUGAGGACGAUGAUUCUGUAAAGGAUGGCAAGAAAGAUAAAGAUAAGGAUAGCAAAAAAAGGAAAGUCAAAUUAUAUACUCAGGACCCAUACCUUCUUCUAUCAUUUGUAUAUUUCGAUCAGACUCACUGCGGCUAUAUUUUCGAUAAAGAUAUUGAAGAGCUUAUCUAUACCCUUGGGCUAAAUUUAUCAAGAGCUCAAGUAAGAAAACUUGUGCAAAAAGUGGUUACCCGUGAUUCGCUGCACUAUCGUAAAUUAACAGACAAGUCCAAAGAGGAUGACACGAAAGAGGAGAAGGAUGGGGAGAAGUCCGAAAUUCCUGGAAAGGCUGAUGACGAUGAAGAUCUUUUGAAAUCUCUUGCUCUCGGAAAUAAAAGAUUGCUUCCAGUAUUCGUGGGAAGUGGUCCAGCUUCAAAAAGAGCACGCAGAGAGGACAGAGCUACGUUACUAGAAGAAGAGGAAGCUAUACCGGACGGCUUCGUUAUAUACAAGGGCUCAUUACUAGACGUAGAAAAACUUGUUGUGCAAUUAAAAAGAUCAGAGAAAGCACGCGUAGAUACAGAAGCAAAAAUGAUGGAAUUACAACACGAACUUAGCACUGUAAAUGAAAAAUCUGGUAAACAAAGUCACACUAUUAAAGAUCUUGCCGAGGAUUUGAAGUUAUAUAAAGACAAAUUGAGGAAUACGGAUGACAAAUUAAAAAAAGUAUCGACCGAAUCGCACACAUAUCUAUCUACGUUAAAGAACGUUUAUCACGUGGUGACGAAAGUAGUACAGCCUGAUACAAAGAAAGUGGAAAUAGUAGAAAUACAAGAUGAGAGAACAGUAGGAGAAGUAAAUGGAUCACAGGGUGAACACAAAUCCAAAACCGAUACACGAUGGAGCGACAAUAAAGCAGCCGUCAAGAAGGAAUCAACAGAUUCUGAAAAAGAUAAAAAAAACGACAAUAAAAUUCUCAUUAAGAAAGAGUCGGUCGAUAUUGAUAAAGAGAAGAAAUGAAUGUUUAAAUAGUUCAUAUUUAUUAUUUGUGUUGCGGAAUAACACAACGCGGUAACACUUUAACCAUUGCUUAAUAAUGAAUGUGUUACACAGAUAUCGGUAGGAUUGAAUGAAAACGAAUUUACUCCUAAGCGGUUUCUUUUUCUUUCUUUAAAUCGUUUCUAAUCAUUGGUAAAAUACAUAUAAGCAAUUAUAGGUACCGCGUGUUCGAAUAAUAAUAAUAAAAAUAAAAUUGAUACGUUUAACAGUAA